GGUCACAGAGUCAGACUGUCAUUUAAUGAAUUUGAGAUCGAGCAGCAUCAGGAGUGUGCCUAUGAUCACCUGGAGGCCUUUGACGGGGAGGGUGACUCAGCGGCCAUCUUGGGUCGGCUGUGUGGCAGUAAGAUUCCGGAACCGCUGGUCUCCACGGGUAACAAGAUGUACCUGCGUUUCAUCUCUGAUGCCUCGGUUCAGAGGAAAGGAUUCCAGGCCACACACUCCACUGAGUGUGGAGGGAGGUUGAAGGCAGAGACUCGUCAGAAGAACCUCUACUCACACUCCCAGUUUGGAGAUAACAACUACCCUGGCCAUACGGACUGUGAGUGGUUGGUGACGUCAGAGGAGGGUUACGGAAUAGAGUUGACCUUUACGACCUUCGAGGUGGAGGAGGAGGCGGACUGUGGUUAUGACUACAUAGAGCUGUACGAUGGUUAUGACUCUAACUCACACAGACUGGGACGGUUCUGUGGUUCUGGGCCGAGAGAGGAGAUCUACUCUGCGGGUGACGCGGUGUUGAUCCGUUUCCAUAGCGACGACACCAUCAGUAAGAAGGGGUUCCACAUCCGCUACACCAGCACCCAGUUCCAGCAGAACCUUCACACCAGGAAGUGAAGUCACAACACCCAGACCCCUAGCCUCACUGUGCCGACAAGACAACCACAGGCCCCUUUCCUCCUCUGACUGACAGGCGCCAAACACACACACACACACACACACACACACACACACACACACACACACACACACACACACACACACACACACACACACACACACACACACACACACACACACA